AUGCCUUCGCUGCCCACACCUGAAGCUCCACCAAAUCCCACCGCAGCGGCCUCCUGUCGCAGUUACACGCGGGACCCCUUGGUUAAGGCCAGAGAGAAAAACCCAAACGUUUCACAAGGAACUACCGCUGUCUCUUUUUGGGGUGCUCCAGAUCUGCAAAAGCAAGAGGAGCGCGGAGAGCUGCUGCAGCCACUGACCUUCGUCUUACUGGUGUUGUGCUCUGUACUGCUGUACUUUAAGGUGUCUCUGAUGGAUCCUGGUUUUGUUAAGUCUGAAGAGGAAGUGAAGGCAGGCAAUAUUGAGGAACAAAGCAUGGUGAUACCCCAGGUUCCAAGCAAUAUUAAGAUGCGUCGUUGUGGUUACUGCAUGGUGAAGCAACCAAUGCGAGCUAAGCACUGCCAGCUGUGCCAACACUGUGUACGGCGUUAUGACCAUCACUGCCCCUGGAUUGAGAACUGUGUAGGAGAGAAGAAUCACCCCCUCUUCAUAGCCUACUUGAGCGUGCAGCUUGUAGUUCUGCUGUGGGGAGGUCAUGUUGCUUGGUCAGGCCUCUACUUUGAACAGUCCUGGGACUGGCUGCAGCACAACAUUUUCCUCCUCAUGUCCUUCCUCCUGAUAGUCAUAUUCACCAUUGUUGUCCUUCUGCUGCUUAUUUCGCACCUCUAUCUGAUCUCAUGCAACACCACCACCUGGGAAUUCAUGUCACACCAUCGCAUCUCCUAUCUGCGACACUCUGAGUUGGAGAAUCCCUUUGACCAAGGGGUAAUCCUCAAUCUCUGGAGAUUCUUCUGUUCAAGACACCUCACUGCAUGGGAGAACAUCUAUUUCCACAGGAACAAUGAGCCUGUCUAGUCACAGUAGCACCUACCUGGUAGAGUGCCAACACAGCUGCAGGUUGCUGGGUAAAGCUUUGCUAAUGCAAACUGCUGCUGUUUCCUUGCAUGGAACUUUAGUACAUUGUGAACUAUGCAACCUAUUCCACCACCCGUUCAUCCUGCAAAUUACCUUUCAAGGAUAAUCAGGGUUAUUUUUU